UAUUUUUUAAUUACAGUCCGUAACACCAUCACGUUUUCUGCGUUGCGUUGCUCACUGACAGCUGUGGAUUCAUUUUCUUUUUCGCUUAUCAACUGGUCGUCCCCACCCCACGCUCCAACUGUUCGUUGCCUUGCUUGCUUCCAACGACUUCCGUAGCCGGACCUCCAUUUCACCAAUCGAAGUAGUUCGGCCACCAGGAGGCCAGCUGUAGAUAGAUGAUUCAAUAGGAGGGGAGGGGAUGGCGGAGGACGGAUCGGAGAGGGAGAAUGGGAGGUUGCCGUCCUUGGACUCCGUCGAAUCUUCGCGGUGGGUGUAUGAAGAUGAAAAGAGGUAUCGCAUCGACAGCGACGUUGAAGAUGAUGUUGGUGGCGUGGUUUCGCCCCAGCACGAUUCGGACGACGAGGAGCAUAUGCUGGUUCGCACGGGGCCCAAGAUUGAUUCGUUUGAUGUUGAAGCACUUGAAGUUUCUGGCGCCCAGAGAAAUGAUAAUGAGGCCAUCACUGUGGGAAGAAGAAUUGUACUAGAAUUUCUGAUACUUGGAGUUGUUUUUGGUGAUGUGGGGAUUAGUCCAUUGUAUACUUUCAGUGUGAUGUUCAGCAAAGCACCACCCAAUGGAAAUGAAGAUGUUCUAGGUGCAUUAUCACUAGUUUUGUAUACCUUGAUUUUGAUUCCACUUAUCAAGUAUGUCCUUAUCAUUCUCUGGGCAAAUGAUGAUGGCGAAGGUGGUACAUUUGCUCUGUACUCAUUGAUUUGUAGGCAUGCAAAAGUUAGUCUUCUACCAAAUCAACUUCCAUCAGAUGAUCGUAUAUCAAGCUUCAGACUUUUAGUGCCAUCCCGUGAAUUGAAGAGGUCACUAAAAAUAAAGGAGAGACUAGAAGCUUCUGUGACAUUAAAGAAGCUACUUUUGAUGUUGGUUCUUGCUGGUACUUCAAUGGUGAUAGCUGAUGGUGUUGUUACUCCAGCCAUGUCAGUUACAUCUGCUGUAGGUGGUUUAAAGGUUGGAAUCCCUGGGAUAAAGCAAGAUCAUGUGAUUGGAAUAUCAGUUGCAUUUCUUGUAGUGCUAUUCAGUGUACAAAGAUAUGGAACUAGUAAAAUGGGGCUUGUAGUUGGGCCAGCCUUGCUUAUAUGGUUCUGUUCUCUAGCGGGCAUUGGUGUAUAUAAUCUUAUCAAAUAUGAUACUGGAGUUCUGCGGGCUUUUAAUCCAGCGCAUAUAUAUUAUUAUUUCAAGCGCAAUUCAACCAAGGCUUGGUAUUCCCUUGGGGGAUGCCUUCUUUGUGCUACUGGUUCUGAGGCUAUGUUUGCAGAUCUCUGCUAUUUUUCUGUGAGAUCAGUGCAGCUUACUUUUGUGUUUCUUGUAUUGCCCUGUCUUCUACUGGGUUACCUCGGUCAAGCAGCUUAUCUCAUGGAAAACCAUGCUGAUACAACACAAUCCUUCUUCUCCUCUGUUCCAAGUGGGGCAUUCUGGCCUGUCUUUAUAAUAGCCAAUUCUGCUGCUCUGAUUGCAAGUAGAACUAUGACUACGGCUACUUUCUCAUGUAUCAAGCAAUCAACAGCCCUUGGCUGCUUUCCUCGUCUUAAGAUCAUACAUACCUCAAGGAAAUUCAUGGGUCAAAUUUAUAUUCCUGUCAUGAAUUGGUUCCUGUUGGUUCUUACCCUAGUUUUGGUCUGCAAAAUCUCAAAUAUUAAUGAGAUUGGAAAUGCAUAUGGCAUUGCAGAACUUGGAGUCAUGAUGAUGACGACCAUCUUAGUAACACUUGUUAUGCUUCUUAUUUGGCAGAUCAAUAUUUUUAUUGUGCUGUGUUUUUCAUUGAUCUUUCUGGGUUUGGAAUUGAUCUUCUUUUCCUCGGUUAUAUGGAGCAUUGGAGAUGGAAGUUGGAUCAUCCUCGUAUUCACUAUCAUCAUAUUUGCGAUACUGAAUAUAUGGAACUAUGGGAGCAAGCUAAAGUAUGAGACGGAGGUGAAUCAAAAGAUGUCAAUUGACUUGAUCCGGAAAUUGGGUCCCAACUUAGGUACUGUCAGAGCUCCUGGCAUUGGCUUGCUUUACAACGAGCUAGCUAAGGGGAUACCUUCAAUAUUUGGAUAUUUUCUCACCACUCUGCCAGCUGUGCAUUCUAUGAUACUAUUUGUAUGUAUAAAGUAUGUCCCGGUGUCUGCUGUCCCUCCAAGUGAACGUUUCAUGGUUCGAAGAAUCUGCCCCAGAAGCUACCACAUAUUCCGUUGCGUCGCCAGAUACGGAUACAAGGAUGUUCAUAAAGAGAAUCACCAAGUGUUUGAGAAGCUGUUGAUCGACAGUCUAGAGAAGUUCAUCAGACGCGAAGCUCAGGAGCGAUCCCUGGAGAGCGAUGGAGACAUUGACUCAGAUUCUGAUUCGGAAAUCCCCGGGUCCUACUCAAAGACAAUAAUAGGCCCAAAUGGGAGUGUUUAUUCUCUUAGUGUCCCUCUCCUUGGUGACUUCAGAAAUGUAGGUAAGUUAAUAUCAGAAGAAGGGAGGGCGAGCACAUCGAAGUCGGGUGACAACACGGGUUUGGAUGCAGAGGAAAGUCUAGAGAUGGAACUGUCAUUUAUACGCAAGGCAAAGGAGACAGGGGCUGUGUAUCUUAUGGGAAGGGGAGAUAUCCGAGCUCGAAAAGAUUCUUGGUUCAUUAGGAAGCUUAUAGUAAACUAUUUUUAUGCAUUCUUGCGAAGGAAUUGCAGGAGGGAGACUGCGAGUAUGAGUGUGCCCAAGUCGCGUCUGGUACAGGUGGGCAUGACUUACAUGGUCUGAACUCUGAUGAUCAACUACUUCUGGUUCCAGUUCAGUAGAAAGAAAGAAAGAAAGAAUAAAAAGAAAGAAAGAAAGAAAGAAUAAAAAGAGAGAACCGAUCCCAUGCCCAUGCCUAUUCCUGCAUGCCAACUAUGCACACCCCCUUUGUGGCAAGAGAGAGGUAAGCUGAAUCUUAUUACUCAUAAAUUACCUAUGCUUCUAAUUCGUAAUCCAAUAUGAAGCUUGCUUGAAUUGAAAUUGAUGUAAUAGUUCGAGCUUGGAUUAAAAACACUAUUGCUAUGGAUCUCCAAGAUGCAUUUGUAUUUGCACCCACAACCAUAUAACUUUGGAUUAAGUAAACAGAGAAAUUUGACUAAUACAACUCUUCUCUCAUCUUUAUGCUAAAAAUGUAUUUUUACGAUCUCUUAUUACAUCAAACUGUAUAAAUUCUGGGAUGAAUUUAUUGUUAUUGAUCCUCUAGUCAAUUGUUCUUGUGGUAAGUG